AUGACAUUGACAGUAGGAGUAUCAGCAUCAGGAGAUCCCAGUCGGGUUGUUCUGCAUUUAAUCGACGAUUCCAAGAAUAAGAUACCAUCACUGAAGAAUGAACAUGCAAACGACCCAUUUCCAAGUUUGCAACCACAUGAAGAGUCAGAAGAUCGUCUUCCUAAUGGUGAAGAAGGUGAUCUUGGUCAGUAUCAUCUUGUGGUUCAAGGCCCAAUUCAUAUGCAAGGUACUCCACAGCAGGCCAUUAACUACAUCAAUUCUCGAAUCAAUCCCAAAGAUCAGGAACCACGCAUGUAUUUUCGACCUCUACCCGCAGGCCCUGAACAAGAUACUGAUUACAGGGGUAACGAAGGAAAUGACGAAUCAUCAAGCGGACCACAGUCGUCACUAGUCGAAUUGGUGAUAAGCACAAAUUUUCGAGAUGACGUACAGGUUCAGGUUGAACAAUUGGAUCAGAUUGAAUUGUUCUUGCAGGUGAUUUCUGGCAUUCAUAUUCAGACAUUUUAUCUCCGUGACUAUCCAAAUGGAAGCACCUUGCCAAAUGCAAUUACUACUAGCCUGGAUAAGGCAUUGUCGAAGCACCCAACUCUGAAACGUUUGUGGCUUCAGGCAUUUUAUUCCACCACAGUUGAUUCAGUUGUAGAAGAAGAUUUUCACGAAAGCAGCAGUGACAAGGGUGUACAUUAUUCCAUCGCAGCAUCCAUAUUGAAACAUCCUCAGUCUUGCAUACAAGACAUAAUGGUAGAAGGAUACGGCCACACGAGAGCUCUUCGGAGUGCUCAUGGAUGGAGAAAUGAGAUUGGAGCGGAAGUCCUCUUAUCCAAGCAUACGCUGUCCUUUUUUCGUGCCUUGGAAGACAACUGUAGCGUGCACACGAUAUCAUUUGUCAAGACUCAUCUGCGUCUUCACGACAACCGCGACGAGGCGGAGGCAAAGUCCAUGAUCCUUCGCUUGGGCCGAGCACUCUGCAAUAAUCGAUCGAUCGAGAAGCUCUACCUUGGGAACCUUCUCGAAUACCUUUCGCACGAAGGAAUCGAGUCCUUUGCCAAGUCCAUUCGUCAAAUGAAGGGCUUGAAAGUUCUAGAUUUGCGAUUGGUGCAUCGCCUGAUCCUUCCUCGACCAGAUUUGCGGUUUGGCAAUCACAUGCAAAUCAGUCCUCGCCACCAGCAACGACACCAUCACUUUACCAACCAUUUCGAUUCAUCAUCGAGCGGAAACGAAGCAACGCGUCUGUGUUUGCUAAAACCGAUAAUCGAUGCUCUGGAGGACAACUGCUCCUUGACAAGGAUACCCGGUUGGAAAAAGUACUUGGAUUGUUCCGAAUCAAGAGAUCCCAAGUCUAGACAAAUCAAGAAAGAAAUACGCCAAGGAAUAGAGAACGCAUUGAACUAUCAAUUGCAGCUAAACCGAUCCCGAGCCAAGCAAUUUGUUCACGAGCCUACUCUGUCGAUCGCUGCUUGGUCUCUUGUUCUGGAAAAGAGUCGAGGGAAUCCUACCGCCAUGUACUAUUGUUUGCGUCACAAAGUGAUCACUGUUUGUCUUUAA